AUGAAGCACGCGCCGGAGCGCUACUCCGAGAUCGUGUCGAUUGUCUCGAAGAGAUUGAAGCUUAUCCAGCGCUUUGAGGCCGCCGCAGAGCUUUACGAAAGUAUCGACGCUUUCCGCGAAGCUGUGAACUGCUACAUCGCCGGCGAGGUUUGGGACAAAGCGAGGCAGCUGGCGCAGCAGCACUGCCCAGACAUGGUCCGUGUGGUGGAGGAUAGGUACAAGUCCGAUUUGGUUGGCAAAGGCGAUGGAGACGAGCUGAUUCGACGAACGGGAGACGUGGACAGCGCGCUGGACAUGUAUGCUCGCAAUGGAGACUGGACAAAGUGCCUGGCGCUGGCCGAGAAGCACAGUCCGAAGAUGCUACCCCACUACCUGGUGCAAUACUGCAAGGUUUUGGUCAACAGGCAGGAGGUCACGGAGGCCGCGCAGAUGCUGGUCCGAUAUGGCCCACCGCCUGAGCAGUCCAACUUCCAGCUCUACAAGGCCACAGAACAGGAAGCAAUUGGCAUUCCUGACGCAACGGGGCCACCGCUGGUGCGGGAGAUGCUGCUUCGUGUCACAAUGCCACCGGGCACUCUGGGAGCACCGCCCACUCCAAAGAUCCUCUCGGAAGAUCGCCGUCCCCAGGCGGAGUUUCUGAAGGCCCUCCUGACCGCACAUCUGCAGACGGUUCGGGAGAGGUUGCGGGAGAGGAACAUGGCCCCGGAGGUUGUAGCGAAGAUCAGCGUUGCGCUCUGUCGAUACUGUGCAGAGUUCCCCUUGGAUCUCGCGUUCUACGACGCUGGUAUUGACUGCAAAAACGCAGGCAUGAUCAACAUGUCCUUCUUCUUCCUGAACCGCUUCCUUGACAUCGCAGAUGCAAUCGAAGAUCCGGACAAUGCUGCGAUUGAUAAUACGGACUUCAUGGAGACCGACAUUCCUUCACCCUACGAUCUGGACCUUCCUGAGCAAGCUCACAUUUCCAAUGACAAGGUCGAGGAGAUUCGCGAUUGGGUUUUGGGUUGGUCGAUGGAUCAAAACGUCCAGCAGAAGAUGGACCUGCGGCCAUGUGUGGGGCGCAUAUCUACACCGGCGCAGCGACGUGCCCGCACUGCGGAACGGUCAGUGAGCCCUGUGCGUAUCAUCUCGGGCUUCCCCGUCCUGAAGAAAACGCGUGUGGAAUGCACGGUGUGCCAUUCCGCGGCGAAUCGGGACGACUGGAACAUCUGGGUGCAGAUGUUCAAGGAGUGUCCAUGGUGCUCAUCUCCUCAGAAUGCGCAGUACUAG